UCAAUUUGGCACUCUCGCUAAGUUGUAGUUGAACUUGCGGAGAGGUCUAGAUCUAGUGUUAUAUUCGUAACAAGAUCCCGUCCCAUCCACAGGGAGUUCAUGGCUCCGUACACACACACGAAUUUCUCGAACAACCGUGCCACAGUGACGGCAACCGGUUCGAGUACAAUAUUUUGGACAACAUAUAAGGCCGUACUAGCGUCAGCCUCUCUGUCUUAUCCGCUGGACAUCAACCGUCUUGCCGUCGGUAGCGUCCCAAGCCUCGCAUUGCCUUUGUGGUACUCACCACCAGACGCCUUCUUCUGAACAGAGCCAGGCUUUCACAAAUGACCUUCUGUCAAUGCACAUGAAAGGGUCAAUACGGCGAGCGAAUUGCAAUGAUUCUUGCACAAUCUCAUUGC